CCCAUGUGCACGGGGCAGACGGAGAUCAAGGAGACUUUCAAGUACAUCAACACUGUGGUAUCCUGUCUCGUCUUCGUCCUGGGCAUCAUCGGCAACUCCACGCUGCUGCGGAUCAUCUACAAGAACAAGUGCAUGAGGAACGGCCCCAACAUCCUCAUCGCCAGCCUGGCCCUGGGCGACCUGCUUCACAUCAUCAUCGACAUCCCCAUCAAUGUCUACAAGCUACUUGCAGAGGACUGGCCUUUUGGUGUCGAGAUGUGCAAAUUAGUACCCUUCAUUCAAAAGGCAUCAGUGGGCAUCACAGUGUUGAGUUUGUGUGCCCUCAGUAUAGAUAGGUACCGAGCAGUUGCUUCUUGGAGUCGCAUUAAAGGAAUUGGAGUGCCAAAGUGGACUGCUGUCGAAAUUGUACUGAUCUGGGUUAUAUCGGUGAUAUUGGCUGUUCCAGAAGCUAUCGCAUUUGACAUGAUUACGAUGGAGUACAGAGGAAAGAAUCUCAGAAUCUGCCUGCUUCACCCCACACAGAAAACAUCUUUUAUGAUGUUUUACAAGCAAGCUAAAGACUGGUGGCUGUUUAGCUUUUACUUCUGUUUGCCACUGGCUAUCACAGCAUUUUUCUAUACUCUCAUGACCUGCGAGAUGUUACGAAAGAAAAGUGGGAUGCAGAUUGCUUUAAAUGACCACUUAAAACAGAGACGUGAGGUGGCCAAAACUGUGUUCUGUCUGGUACUUGUUUUUGCCUUGUGUUGGCUCCCACUUCAUCUAAGCAGAAUAUUGAAACUCACUAUUUAUGAUCAGAAGGACCCCAACAGAUGUGAACUUUUAAGCUUUUUUCUUGUGAUGGACUACAUCGGUAUUAACAUGGCUUCACUGAAUUCCUGCAUCAAUCCGAUAGCUCUGUAUUUGGUGAGCAAAAGAUUCCAAAACUGCUUUAAGUCAUGCUUGUGUUGCUGGUGCCAAUCCAAAGAUCUGUUGUCCCUGGAGGAAAGGCAGUCCUGUUUAAAGUUCAAAGCUAAUGAUCACGGAUAUGAUAAUUUCCGCUCCAGUAACAAGUACAGCUCUUCAUAAAACAAGCAUAAAAGGUAUAUUCUCUUACGUUAAUGCUGGUGCCUUUUAAAGUAAAAGUGGCAAUUACUUUCAACGAGAUGGUAACGUUUAGAAAAAUCUAGUUCGGUGUUUGCACAAAAAAAAAAGAACAUAAAAAGAAAUAAUUGCCCCCAAACUGUGUCACAUUCAAAAUCAUGGACAUUUAUAAAAUCGUAAUUUAUGGAACAUGAAGAAAAGCGUAGAAAGAACAAGUCAUUGUUAGCACUUGAAUACUUUUGAAUCAGCACUUCCAAAUGAUCCCCACUUCCUGUACAUUAAACGAUCAUUUGUAUUCUCUGUAACAGUUGUAGGAACUGAAGUCACAGUAAUUAUUAAGCAGUAUAACAUAACGUUAAUUGGAUCAAAGCCAUUAUUAUAUAUAGCUCAAUAUAUUAUCUUUUAUAAAGCAGAUUAACCACCAUCACUAUUGUGUUCUUUUUUAAAUAAAACAUGAGAUGCUUUGUACUAGAAGUUUAAAUGUAAAAAAAGUAGCAUUUUUUUCAGAGGUGUUGUAGAGUUAGCUAAUAAAAAUAUUAAAGGAUGCAGUCAA